AUUCAUUUAGACUCUCAGAGUCAUCCCUAGACACAUGGUUUGGCUGGGACUGGGGCCUCUUGUUGUGUUUUUAUGGAUUUCAAUAGGUAGCAUUAGAUUUCUUUGUUCUCUUAAAACCUACUUGCUGUUGACCUUUUAAAGUUCGAAAGCUCUGAAGCCCAUUUGAAGCCCAGUUCCUCUGGUAACACUUCGUAAUUUUCUAGAAUUAAUCCGCAAACGUUAUUUUGAUUAUGCAUUUCAGCUCAAUGUUUUUGUUGUGACUCCCGUCUCGGGAAUGUCACUUAAAAUUACUUCGCUCCGGGUUGUUAAAAAGGUCUUUUCUUAAAGCCUUUUCACAGAUUUAUGGGUUCAACACUGGAUUUGCUUCUGCUUUGAUUCUAAAGUCUUUUUUGGGCUGGGUCAUGGUAAUUGCAUUCUCUUGGUUCAGUCAGACCCAACUCCUGCCUGGGUCACUUUUUGUGUGUGUUGUGGAGCUGCGGGAAUUGAAAUUCCUUUAAUUGGGCGGUGUUUGUUUACAAGUCGUUACUUUUUUUGGGCUGAGAUCACAGAAGGAGAUAAUGCUGGUAGGUGCUCAGGGGAAAUAAUGGAAGGAGUCAUCCAAACCAGCGCUGCUGGUAGGAGGAAGGUUCUGUUGCAGGGGGAGGGCUGUUCUUUGGGAGAAUUGCGUGUUUUCUGGGGUGAGAUGAGGUUCUAGGAGAGAGAGUGGGGGGGUGAGUGAUGUCAGUCAGCCUUGUGCUGCAUCCUGCUGUUGUGAGCUUCAAAUGGCGGAGUUUCUGAGCGUUCUCUUCGUGCAGAGUCUGCCUCGAGUCCCUUCUAAUCUGUUUCAAACGUAGGUGAGUUGGUUGCUUUGGCAAAUACACCCUCUGGGUGGGCCCCUCUGGUCUUUGUGGUGUUUUCAGAGGUGUCAAUGACUGCACCAAAACGUUGGUCAUUGUUGGCAACCAGCUAUUUUUGAGCAUUAGCUGCAGGGGAAGGAGCAGGACCUGUUGCCAACAACCUUAGUCGAGGCUGGAUCAUUUUUCCAGGAGAGAUGUCUUUAGCAUAUGACAAAAAGUAGCUGCUGCAUGUCAAGGAUUAAAUAAAAAUCCCUCUGCAACACAAGUGCAAAAAAUUCUGGCAUUUUGCAGGUGCAGAGAAGAAAUGCUCCACGUUGUUUUGAUAACACACCACAAACCCACAAGUAACAGUGGAACAUGUGGACAUGCCCAGUGUGGUUGCAGGAGGGAUUUUUGUGCUAGUAGGUGGGACAGAUGUGCAUCAGUAUGAACUUACCAGUGUAUUUAUGGCUCAGCUGUUUCAUCUGAAUUUGGUUUGUUGUAACUCCCUCUUCACAACCAUCCAGUGCAUCUCAUGUCAGGGCUGGACCUUCUCCAGCAGGGUACCCAGAAGUCAUGAGAUCUUUGGGAUUUAUUCACAAAAAGGACAUGUAAGUUCUCAUUUGAUUCUGGAAGCUCCUUCCUGAUGUGAAAUGCCAGUGCAGCAGAGUUUGAUUCAGAUGCAGAGACUGGAACUGAGCUCAUAGGAAUCAGGGAAUUAACUUCUGGCAGAAACGUGGUCGAAACAAGGCUCAGAGUUUAAUGAUAGUGCUCAAGUCCUGCUCUUGAUCUCUGGAAGAAAUGCAAGCACAUUGCAAGUACAGGGAAAGUUUUAAAGUCUGCAGGCUGUCAGCUCAUUUUGGGUUUGUUCUGCCUUGCUGUGAGUUCUAAACCCUUAAAGGAAAUGUGCUGUUCAAGAGACAGUUUUCCGUUGUUCCAGCAGUGCUUAUAGAAUGAUAUUAUCCCAGUGACAAUCUUGCUUCAGCCACUGAGGACAUCCCACAGAUUUUGUCCACUUGGGUUCUUCUAGGCUGUAUUAAAUAGAAGUGCAUAUCAAAUACACUGACAGAGAACAUGGAGUGGCACAAACUCUGUAAGCAGCACUCAGUUUGGUCAUCAGCCAUGCUUUGAGUGUUAGUGCUGAAGUGAGUGCUUUGAUGUGGUUUGAGAUGACCAUUGGUUCCUGCCUCUGUCAUUCUAUGCAGUAUUGGUGUUUGGGUUCUUUAAUGAUAGAAAGUCAUGGUAAAAUUCCUAAAUCUUAGUCAUUAGCACUUAAUACAAAUUAUUAUUUUCGAGGCUAAGCUUUCAUCUGACUUCUACAGUUGAACACUUUAUAGCAGCACCACUGGAAGUUGGAGGAGAAUUUGUAUUUUUUGCUUGCUUACCAGGGGAUCUCCAAGCUCCCUGCAGUUUGUCAGUGCAUGUGCUGAGGGUGGAGGCUCUGGCUGUGUGAACCCAGUGCAGCAUUCUCUCCUGAAAAAGAUCCCUAAGGCCUUGCUUAAGCAUUAGCAUUGAGGCUCUGGAUUUGGAAGGAAUUGCAAAGGAGGAUUUUACUCACUGGGUUCCUGGUUAAGUUUGCCAGUGUAUGGGUGAGGAUGGUUAAUAGCUGGAGUGCUUUCUGAAGGUGAGGUUUCCUUCAGGUUUGCAGCCCUGAAGUUACAUCAGCUGGGUGAUUUCUCUGGUUCUCCAUCAAGCCCAGAAGUCAGACCUCCCAACCUGUGUGUGUGAAAUGGAUAAUCACUGGUAAAAGGACACCUCUGUGCUUCACUUUCACCCACCUGCAGAAAGCACAACAGCUGCUUAUUAGUAUGGACCACCAUCCACGGUGCUGCAAACACCUGAAGCUGGUGGGGGCCUUGCAGAUUAACUCUUUGGGUUAUUUUAAAUUGAGUGUGUCCAAGCUACGAGAUGGCAUCGCAGGAGCUCUGAGGAGAAACGUGUAACUUUUAAUGACAGCUUGUGAAGAGUGAGGGCUUCUUGCCUUUGAAGUGGCAGCUCCUCUGUGAUGUUCUGGAUUCAUGCACUGUUAACUCAUUGCUUUCAGACCCAGCCAUUCCCCAUGUGUUGCUUUGGUGAUUUUCAUCUCAGCCACUCAGAUACCUCGCUCGGUGUCUGUCUGGGGCGUAGCUCGGAACCUCUAAUAGGAAAUAUAUUCAGGGUUAUAAGGCUCUGUGAAAUUUUAAUAUUUCACAUGUUAUUUGCAAACUUCGUGGUUGUGAUGCGAGAAUGCAAAUAAUUCCAUAAUUGUUCGCCUUGUUCUCUUGUCUGAAGAGCUCCUGAUAUAGGAGGCUGAGUGACAGAUGAAGGUGAUGGUGUGUUUAGUUUCUUUUUCAAACAUAUAUUGACCAUUUAUAAAACGCCUUUUGAGUGAGAACACGUUCAGCUUGCUCAAGUUUGGAAAUGGGUGGGAGAAGUGAGUUGUGAGACUUGAUGAGGGCUGACGUGAUUAUCCUUAUUCCACAGAGCUUUUUCUUUUAUUUAUUUGAUUUGAAUGUCUUGGAAUGCUUCAACCACAGGCAACUCAGAUCUGCACUGAUUAGGUCUAUGCCAAAUACUAAAUGUCUUGUAUAAUGGUGCACUUUCCUUGUAGUACAGAGUUAGGCUGACAUCAGGAAAUGAUGGUCCUUAUUCAGCUCUUGGGUGUGUAAUCUCAGGGUUUAGGAGUCAGGUCUAUCUGCCAGGGCAUCUCAGUGAGCAAAAUGCUGUAUUUUAAGGUCUUGCUUUUGGUAGCAACCUUUAACUUUCUUUAAAGUAAGUAUGUACAUAUGUUGGAAUAAAUUUUCCACAUGAUGUUUGCAGUGACUUUAAAGAAGUGACACAUUGAUGUAGAAAAGUCUAAGAUCUCUUUGACAACAUGAGACAUUAUCAAUAGAUAAUGAAGAUGUUUGUCUUAUUUUUAUUUAGUGCUGCUUCUACUAUAAUUAUUAGUAUUUUAAGCAAACUUUGUUUAGUCAUUGAGUGAGAGAGCUUUACUUCUACUAAAUAUGACUUCUUUUUAUUAAAGUUGCAGAUCUUACUCUUGCCAUAUGCAGCUAAUUUUCCUUUGGGGGGAAAAAGCUUGUUACUUUUUUAGUGGAGCAAUCUGUUACCUUGUCUGUAGUCUGUGAAGUCAGUGCAAUUCUAAUUUGCAUCAGCUAAUAAAAAAUGUGUGGGUUUUAAAGUGAAAAUCAUGCAAAAAUUUAGGAAAAAAAAAAAAGAAAAAGGUGAACGACUGAUCAUCUAUGCAAAAAAAACAAGGCUGGAAAUGUGAUCAAAUUAGGUCAUGGCAGUGCAGUUUUGUGCAGGGCUGGGAGCAUUUCUGAAGACCUUGUAUUGCUUUAUCUUGGGAAGCAAAGCUCUCGGAAAAUGCGCAUGAGAGGGAUGAAAAGAGCUUUUUUUUCAUCCUCCUCUUUGAGCCAUCGUCAGGAAAGCACAAUUUCACGUUGCAUUAAAGUGGCAGAAAUUUUCACUUAAGCUGAAAGCUGCACCGUUCACGUAGCUGUUGUGCUUGCAGAAGGAAGGAGGCACAGUUGGGUUUGUGUGAUCUGCUGGACAAUUAAGGUUUAAUGGGUUUAUUGUUUGUUGGGUGCUCACGCAGGACAAGGGGCCUGGCACUAAAAGCUGCAGCCGAAGGAAAGGAAAGGUCAGGGAGAGGUGUACAAAGAAUUAAUGGAACAACAGCGAGUCCAGGCUGUGAGGAAUGACCUGGGACUGAUCCUGUUAAGUGCAGGUGACGAGGGAGGAGGAUAAGGAGGGUUAGUCUGAGGGAGGAACCUGGGUAGGGAUCGUAACUGGUGUUGGGUAAACCUUGAUAGUAAAAGGGCAGGUUUUAUAUGUGAAGAAAAGGGUGAAGAUGGCAUUUUGCUUGUAUGGUGAAGGUGUCUUUAGCUGUUCAUGAAACACAGCUUGUGUCAGCUCGAGCUGUCACAUGGGGGAGAGGAGACUCCAAAAUCCAGCUGAAGGACAGGAGUCAGUGCUCUGUGUGCUCGGGUUUUAUUCUUUGGAUAGGGAAGCAGAGAUGGGGUGGAGAUUUAAAAAAAAAAAAAAUCAAAACCUUUACCAAAAAAAAAAAACCAACUAAAAACCCUCAAAGCCAAACAAAAAAUACCACAAAAAUGGUUUGGGAAGAACUGAAUGGAUCCUGAAUGUUUUUUCUGGCAUCUGACUCCCACAGGGUGAGGUUGAGCAGUCAGGCAGAAAUACCUACUGUAACCUUUGCAUCCAUUCUUGGUCCAUACAGGAGCAGAUAAUAUAUAAUCCUUACAGAAGAGUUUAGACCAUUCCUUCAAGGUUUGCUCCAGACAGGAAGCACAUCUCUCUUUUCCCUUGUCUCCCAAAAAAUGUUCUCUGCAGCCUUUUCCUCAUCUGGCAGAAGCAAACUCUCCCCACCCCAACCUCUGGAGGACUCCUGGAUAAUGGAAGAAAACACACUUCAGGGGCUUUUUCUGACAUAACUGCAUGAAAAUGUAGCAUUUUAGCACCAGUACAGAACGAAACUCUCGCUUUUAUUCUUUGCAACUAAUGAGAAAUAUCGUUUUUUUAAGGGGUAGCAGGUUGUUUGACACACAUGGGCACAGAAGAUUAUGAACAGUGAAGACAAUGAAGAGUGGGACAUCCAUCAAAGAGUAGUAACCUCUUAUAAGGUGACCGGUGUGCCCUCAUGAGGCUCCUGUAGAAGCCAGAUCCAGCUAGGAUGUUACACCAUCACUGCCGGCGGAACCCUGAGCUACAGGAGGAGCUGCAGAUCCAGGCUGCGGUGGCCGCCGGCGAUGUCCACACCGUGCGCAAGAUGCUGGAGCAGGGAUAUUCCCCCAACGGUCGGGAUGCCAACGGCUGGACUCUGCUUCAUUUCUCUGCAGCGAGAGGGAAGGAGAGAUGCGUCCGUGUUUUUCUGGAGCAUGGAGCUGAUCCCACGGUGAAGGACCUGAUCGGAGGCUUCACGGCGCUGCACUACGCGGCCAUGCACGGCCGGGCGCGGAUCGCGCGCCUGAUGCUGGAAUCCGACUACAGGAGUGACAUCAUCAACGCCAAGAGCAACGACGGGUGGACUCCCCUGCACGUCGCAGCCCACUACGGCAGGGACUCGUUUGUCAGGCUCCUCCUGGAGUUCAAGGCUGAGGUUGAUCCGCUCAGCGACAAAGGUACUACCCCGCUCCAGCUGGCCAUUAUCCGGGAGAGGUCGAGCUGUGUGAGAAUCCUCCUGGACCACAAUGCCAACAUCGACAUUCAGAACGGUUUCCUGUUGCGAUACGCUGUGAUCAAAAGCAAUCACUCCUACUGCCGAAUGUUCCUCCAGAGAGGGGCCGACACAAACUUGGGGCGCUUGGAAGACGGACAGACACCCUUGCACUUGUCUGCUCUUAGAGAUGAUGUGCUCUGUGCACAAAUGUUGUAUAAUUACGGAGCAGACACUAACACAAGGAACUAUGAAGGACAGACCCCACUGGCUGUUUCAAUAAGUAUUUCUGGAAGUAGCCGACCCUGUCUGGAUUUCUUACAAGAAGUGACAAGACAGCCCAGGAACUUGCAAGAUCUAUGCCGAAUUAAAAUCCGUCAGUGUAUAGGCCUUCAAAACCUCAAACUACUUGAUGAACUACCCAUUGCCAAGGUCAUGAAAGACUACUUAAAACACAAAUUUGAUGAUAUCUGAUGUCCAUGAAGAGGAGAACUCUUGAGCGAGUUUAGUUCUAUUCCAGAUACUGAAGAGGCUCGUUGCCUUGCACAAAGUAUAUCCUAUGCAAAUUCUGAUUUUUCUGUGAAGUCAGAAGGCAGGUAUACACUUCCUUGGGUUUUUUUAUACCACCCGCUAGAAGGUCUUAAUUUUUGGUUUCUUGGUCCAGGUUUACAAAGGUCCAAGCUUUCUAUACGAUGUUGCAUUUUAAAAAAAAAUUUGCCGUUGGUUUUCUGUUUGUUCUCACCUUACCUGGGCAGUGGGGAUGGAAGGCGGCCCCUCGAGGGGAGCGGUUGCUUUGAGUUGGAUGCUGAGCGGUGAUGCGAGAAUAAUAAAGUUUGGAAAUCAAGGCAGCAGUCCUGCAAAAAGGAUACAGAAAGAGCUCCAGAGCCCUGUCUGUUGGGCCCCUUGUGUCUGCCAGGUGUAUGUUUUUGCAGGACAGAGGGAAGAGCUGAUUCAUCGACGUGUCCUCGGGUACUGUAUGAAUAGAAUUCGGAAGGUGAAGGAGAAAUGGCAGUUACCCUGUUCAGUUUGAGGGUCUAAACAUUGGCUUUUUUUACCAUUUUCUUUCCUAAUUACUCUAGUUGGGAUGCCCAUAAAAUGCAGGCCCUCUCUCCUGACAUUCCCUGUUAAAUGGGUGGCUGUUUGUAAGUCUAUUUUUACCAGUGACAGUACACUACAGAGAGGCGUGGCCUCUGGAUUUUUUACAUUCACUUAAGAGGAAACAAAUUUAGAUUUUUUUUUUUUUGAAGCCAGUGUAUUCUGUUGCUCAUACAGUGCCUCCUGUGCAAUAAUCUCUCUGAUGUAUUUUCCCUUUAUGUGUGAUUCCCCCACUAUUCCCCGUUUAGUCUCAGUGCAUUAUUUGUGAGAACAGGAGCUGCUGCCUCUCUGUAGUGUUGAUGUGACAUUACAGAAGUGAUGCAGCAGUUGCUGUUCAUUAUUGCUCCCUGGAUUUCAUGAAUGUAUAACCUGCUUUAUUUCACUUUCAGUUGGAAUUUCAUCUACGGGUUCUCAGCCAAAUUGUGUCCACUUUAAAAAAAAAAAAGAGAAAUUGGCCAAAUCCUUUUGUUUUAAAAGCAGUGACGGAUUUUUCUUUUUUUUUUUUUUUUUGGUUGCUGUGAAAUUGUUUCAGGUUUAGAGAGUGGGAAGUGCACAGAAGUUACUAGGAUUUAACAUGUGCAUUAAAAAGAAAAGCCCCAUUCACACUGAAAGUUUAAAUUCAUCUGAAAGGAGUACUGAAAUCUGGGUGCUGAAUGUGGUUCUCAUACUAGGUAUUCAAAGAGCUGUUAAAGAGUUUUGUUUCUGAUCAUAGGAAAAAAAAAAAUCAGUUUGCUGCUCAAAAGAAGAUUGGCCCAAGAUGUGCAGUUGUUUCUCUGUCUUUAUUUUCAAGGCAUUACAGACUCAUCAUAAGGUCCUUGCCAGUGUCCUCUACCUACCUUUUGGCAUCCAAAAAAGCCUCUCAGAUACCAGGAGUGUUUUUGUACCAGUGACACCAGAGGAGGCGGGAGAUGAAAGGAACCGGUAGUGGCUUUUAAAUUUCACGCCGUCACUUCCAAAAUAUUCAACAUUAAAAAUAGGAAAAGCAAGGUGAAGCAGGUAUAUAUAUAUAUAUUAUUUAAACUGUGCUAGUUCCUUUUAAUAUCUCCUAACCCCGGUGUGCAGCUCCUUGAAGAGGAGGAUGGAUGCAAGGAGGAUUAUCCCUCCCCGUUUUGUGCCCUGAGAUCAGGAUCUUCAAAUUGCUUUCUUAAAAAGAACAGAAACAAAAAGCAAACUCGGUAUUGCUCACUACAUUUUUUUUAAAGUCGUUCUAAACCAAUGUCCUUCCCCACUGAAUUUUUACAGUCAUAUUUUCUAAGGUAAUCUAGAGUAUAUUUUAGUUGCAAUCUAUAUUAAGGCGAAUUAUUUGUUCUGUCUGUUGCUGUGACUGAAGAAAAUUAUGGGAGACUUUGUUGGUAACAAGAAUGCUAUUUAAUGAAGAAAUGUGUAAUUCCAUUAUUUAUUGUUUGAGGUUUGUUUUUUUGUUAUUUCUUUUAAGUAAACUGACAUCUAAAGGGAACACACAUAACGUUUCAGGCCAGUAAAAAGCCUUUCUCUUCAAUGAGUUUUCAGCCCUCACCCUUUUUUUACAAUGCUAAACCAUCUCUUGUAGCUGGUUUCUCACCUUAAUUCUAGAAAGCACCUCAGCACACGUGUCUCUGAAAAUACUGGCAGUCCUGCUCUCUAUCUUCAGUUAUCCGUGUGCUCAAGUGCAAAGGAAGUGGGAUUAUUCGUUGAUAAUCCUAUCCCAAAUUUCAGUAGUAGGGAAUCUGGUCUUUUUUUUUUUUUUUUAAUUAUUAUUAUUUUCAGUGUUGUGCACGAAUAGUUUGAAGGACAAACUGAGCUUUGUUUUUCAUUUGGGCUAGAAUGUGGAAGGAAAAGUGCAUAACAUGGACUUGUGAUGUAGCCUCGUUCCGUUACCUUGAAAUUUCACGGUUGAACACUUUUAAUAAACCUUAAAAAAUUGGCAAACACACCAAAGAAUCAAUAUGAGUAAAAGACUCUGAUCAUUAACAAACUGCAAACCUCAUCCUUUAAAACAAAGCAGAAAGUUUUUGUAAAUAUUUAUGUUUAUAAAUGUACAGCAGAGUAAGAGUGUUUUUUAGAUUAUUUAAUUACCAUAUUUCUAAACUAUUUACAUUAUAGACAAUACUUGUUAGUUUGAAAAGCUCGAGUGGGGGUUUUAUUUGUUUUGUUUUGGGUUUGUUUUCCUUUUUUUCCUUUUUUUUUUUUUUUUAAAUUCAUUAUCACUCAUGCUUGGAAUAACUCUGGCUUCCUUGGAAUAGCGUGGAAAAUUCAGUUUUCUGGCUCUGGCUGGCAAUCAUGUGAGAAACACAUCUGGACGAACUCAUCAGAUAAAUACCCAGAGGCAAAAGAAAAUAAUGUGGUGUGUUUACCAGGGUGGGCUGGGCUGGAUGAAAAACCUGCCCACAAGUCCAGCUUCCAUAACUCUGUGUUGCUGAUACCAUCAUGUAUUUUGUUCUUCCUUUGCAAUGUAAGUUUUUUUGCUUUGGGUCAAUUUGAAUUUAAAAAAAAAAAAAAAAGAAAAAAAAAAGAAAAAAGUUAAACCUGGUUUAAAACCUAUUUUUGGUUUAUG